GGAGAAAGUGUGGGCUUACUUGUUCGGUGACGCUCCACAGUCAGCGGUUGAUAACAAAUACGUCAUCAGGAAAAGUUAACUCGAGAUAGCAAUGAACGAGUACCACGGAUCGCACAUGGGUGCUUUCCACAUGUUCGUCGCACGUUGUGAGCAUCUGUAUUUCAAUAUAAAGAAAAUAGCACUGUCAUGCAGGGACUAUGCGGACUUGGCACGUAAAGUCGGAAACUUCAACAACAUCGAUUGUGACGAAGACACGCCAGACUCCGACCUGGACGUUCCGUCGCGCGCGGCACGACGUUCGGCGCAGGGAGCACGUGCCGAGGAGCCGCAAAGGAGCACCAACGCAGAUGCAGAGAAGGCGAGGUCGAGUUUGGGAGCGACACGUGCGAGUGAGGGAAACGUGGAACGUAGAAUGAAUGCAAGGGGACAAAAGAAUGGUGUACCAACGAACCCGGUGGGUGCGAGUGAGGGAAUUGUUAACUCACGGGGCAACACAGCAGGAGGAGAGAAUGGGUGUGCAAUAACCCCGCCGACAGCUGGACCAUCAUCGACACAUGCACCGCAGGAUGAACAACGAACGGUCACGUCGAUGGACACAUAUGAAGACGAAGACAUGGAUAUGACAACACUCAUGUCGAAGCUCGUGCCAGGAAAACCGUUACCUCAAGGCUUUGCUCAAGACCCUUCAGUGCCAUACUUGCUGCAAGACAAGUACAAGGAGUCAUCGGAGGAGGAUUGGGCUCAUCAUAUUCUUUGGCAUGAGGGCGUGUUCGAACCGUGCGUGUUUGCAGGCAAGUGGCACAUGGCUGUGAAGACAAGAGACCGCGGGUGGGUCAUGAAGGAAAGAAAGGAGGCUGCGAUAUGGCACAGCGUGACGGAAACGCAACUUUUACAGCGAGUUUUACAAGAAAAUGCCGGUGCAAGCGAGGUGGUUGUAGCGGCAAAGGCGAAAGUUUUGUUGGAGCAUCUGCGUACAAACAAACAACUAGAAUUCAACACAAAGUUCUAUGACCUUGGAUCAAGUGUGUCGUAUGGCUCCAUCGAUUGGAAAAUCAAACAGGCGUCCGCAGUACAAGGAAUCGAUAGCAGCACCUCUCCUAAGACUCGAGACGUCAUCGCGUCUAACACCAUCGUCGCGAUGGCUAGAGGGGAUGCAGGCUGCGAAACGGAUACACGUGCGAACGCAGGUCACAUGCAGAGUGAACAAUUACGAUCAUGUGUUCAACAAAGUACACGGAAAAACACAAUGGGGGAUUCCACUAUGAUACGCAAGGACGCCAACGACAUGGAGUCGGGCACAUUGACAGAGCAACCAACGCGAGGGGUCAACGACGGGGCAACAAUCGUUGGAUCUUUCGGGUCUCUUGUGGCGACAAUGGCGGUGAGGCAAGGCGUAUCUGAGAUGAUGGAGACCGAUGCUGGCCAGGAUGGUGAAAGCCAGACGGUGAAGGCGGCGUAAGAGGAGGUGGCAGCAACAACAGAGGAGACGAAGAAAGGUGAGGGAUCCCGCGAACACGAUUUCAUAAUAGAUAUGAUAUC